AUGGACCAUGUCCUUACACGGGAAGAAAUGAAAGACUACGGUGCUUUUAUCCCGGAGAUUCCAUGGCUGGGAUAUAACCAUGAACCCUCUACAACAGUCGGCACAUUCGACGACUACGCUCUGCAGCGUGGGCGGUCAACAGACGAACUGCUAGAUCUUAAAGAAGGAAGGCUUGCCUCUUUGCAAAGAGAGGGUAUCAAACCUUUCCUCCAAAGCUGGUUCAUCAUCGGUCUGUGGGAAGCAGCACUGGGGAGACCACUAGGGAAAGAUCUGUUCGUUGUUUCGACAGAAGCAGGAACCAAGUUCAGCAGUGAGGCAUUGAAAUCAUUGGUCGCGGAGCUCGUGAGACAUUUCAGCACUGCUGGGAACGAUGACACAAGCAAGACUGAGAUCAUGGAGCGUCUGAAGCGUGUUCUCGCCGCAGCGAGCCUGUGGAAUCGAAUGCUGAGCGAACCACAGCUCUUCAUCAAUGCCAACCCGGACUUCUGUGACGAGACGUUCCACAGCGUGAUGAGAUUGUUCACCCUGCUUGGUGUGACUUUGCAACACACGGCUGAUUAUCUUGCCGCAUGGGUGACACCCGGGUUUCGCUCGCAACUUCAGAAUCCCUGGAGAUUCACGAUGGCCGUCCAGGAGCAGCUCACAGGGCGGAUGAUUCAGCGCGGUUGGUGUCCGUAUAUCCUGACCAUGUUGAGCCCGUUCAAUCUGAUCGUGCAGGAGUAUGCUGCUAUUGUCGGUCCGCCUGCAACACGCUUCCGUCAUGAUGCAUGUUCUGCUGCCGGAUGCGUGAGACACAAUAUUGACGAAAGUACAUAUAGCCCCCUCCACACUCGGGCGGAUUGUCAAUGUCAGUGGGUACGGCCUAGCCUUCAACGGAUCGGCGAGGUUUUGGACAGCGGACAAGUCCCUUUGGUAGACUUGGACAAGAUAUUUGACGAUGGCAAUGGUAGAGUUGUGCAAGUGGUACCGAAUGAAUCCGGUAAGACGGCAUUUUGUGCUGUUUCCCAUGUCUGGUCGAGUGGUUUGGGUAGUAUAUCAGAGGACGGACUCCCACAAUGCACCCUUGACAUGUUGAGGGGUUAUAUCGAAGCAAACAACGCCUCCAAGCUCGUUUGGAUCGACUCGCUGUGCAUCCCCGGCGAUAGAAGGUUGCGGAAGUUGUCGAUUCACACCAUCAACACAGUAUACAGUCAGGCGCACACAACUCUUGUCCUUGACCCGGAGCUCAUGCGUUCACCUUCUGCCAGUACCCGCCGGAUGCUGCUGUGGAUAAUGACCGCGGCCUGGAUGCAGAGGAUGUGGACUCUUCCCGAGGGUAGAUUGUCCCGGCUCCCACUCAUUGCGCUCAGGGAUGGUGUUGUUCCUCUGCAGCAGUGCUUUCAAGAAGGAGCAAAAGACCUUCAGGAUCCGGUCACUGGCGCGCUCCAACCGGAUCUAUGGGCGUUGUUUUCAAAGGAUGCCAAUGAGCUGCGUUUCAUACACCAGUCACUGUGCUACCGCACCACUAGUAAGCGUGCUGACGAAGUGCUGGCUCUUGCCGCACUGUUUGAUAUGGAUACUCGACUCAUCCUCGAAAGGACUUCCUUGGAUGAGCGAAUGGCCCUCUUUUGGAUCUCUCUCAGAGAUAAAGUCACGCUUCCGAUCAACAUUCUCUUCUUGAACACACCUAGACUCCCAAUACCGGGCCUCCGUUGGGCCCCCAGUAGCUUGCUCAACGCGGGCAGGCAGCUCAGUCUCAUAGCACCACCUCAAGGAGUCAAUUCCUACAGUGUACACCUAGGGGACAACGGCACUCUGACCGGGAAUUAUGUCGUCAUACGCCUGAGCAAAAGUGCAACAGUCUUGCUGAACAAGUUCAACCCAAUACAACUGACAUUUCUUCCAGAUCCUGGUUCAAGGCAGUCUCGAAGUGCUCCCUUCACCAUUGAAAAUGGGGGCCAGCCCGAGGCAGGCGUGCUCCAUGAGAUUGACGCCUUUGCCGUCAAUGUAACCAAUAUAGAGGCAACCACAGGAGCGUCCUUGGCUUCUGAAUUGGUAGCCACAGUCCGGUCCGUCAUUGCGCUGACACUAGACGUCCCUGAACGGCAAACCCAUGAAAAGGCGGCAGCUGCUGGUGGACCAGCAUCUGUCCAAAUCAAUGAAAGCAAUGAUCAUGCCUUCAGCGGAGGCAAGAGCCACUCUUUCAGGGCUCGUCAAAGAUUGCAGCUUGUCCCCAUAGAAACCCGAGGCAACGAGCCUAUGUCUGGGGUGGUGGGUUGGGCCCGGAUAUCUAUAUCGUGA